AUGGAGUUCCUUUGGCUGAUUCUGACACUGUGCCCUGGUCAAAACCAAUCCAGCAGAUGUACUCACGAACGGACCCCCUACGGAAAUCGUUCUCUGUGAUGAUCCAGGACUCCUUAUAACCAACUGCAGAGUACACACGCAGAGGGUGUACGUCCGCCUAGAUGCAGAAAAUGUGUACCGCCAACACAUUACACCUGUGGCACAUUUGAGUUGGGCCGGGGCUGAUUGGACCACCCAGGCAGUAAAGCACGCCCAGCUAGACACUGUCCAUAUAUUGACCCAACACCAAAAGUUCACAGUCACCCAGUCAGAAUUAGCAGAGCCCAGGCGAGAAAAACUAUUUGUUGGGGCUCUACUCUCGAUAGGUGCAGCCGCAGGGUCACUAUUUUCUCUAGGCACCACUGCUGUCAACGCAGUCAGUCUAGCCACAGUCAAAAGAAAUGUUAGGGAGAUUACUGAAGAGAUGCCACUUAUCCAGCAACAGAUGAAAUCACAGGCACUCAGGUUGCAACAUAUGGGAAAGUCUCUCUAGGACACUAUUCUGGUGGCAAACACACAAGCUACUCUCCUGAACAAAACCCUCCUGUCGCUAGGAAAGCUAGUAGAGGUCAUGAACCAUGACUAUGCCCAUGUCCAAUUGGUUCGAUUAUUGUUGGAGGAUUUUCUCUGUGAAGUUAACUCUUCUAUGGACGACUUGGCCAUGAAUAUAAUCCCCUCUUAUCUAGUGCCUCUCUCAAUGGUGCACAACAUAUUGACCUCAGCUACCACAACCACAAUAAAGCCAUUACAGUCACAUUUGGUCUAUAGUCUGGGGUUUGCAAUUCCAAUGCAUGUUGAUGUUAAUCGUAACAAAGUGGGAUUUUUACUGACGCUACCGGUUGCUGAACUGGAGAAUAUCUACAGAUUGAAAACGGUUCUAAACAUAGGGUUUUGGCGCGACAGCACCCAUGUGAAAAUCACCACACCCCCAAUCGUAGCUUAUCAGGAACACAAUCCAGAUUUCUAUCUUACCCCUAACCUGUUAAUGUGUACUCUAACCAAAGACGUCCACUACCUUUGUCCUAGCAAACCAUUCGUCAGGGAUAACACUGAGCGCCUUUGUGGACUUAAGCCUAUCGCCAGCGAAGAACGCUGUAGAGCCAAACUAACAGCAAGGGAUGGGGUCACCACCACACAGGUGGAGGUGGUAGGGAAUCGAUGGCUGGUUAACACCUCGUUCACGUCCGACACUAUGACUUAUGAACGCCAUGACUCAACCACCCAACUUGAACCUCCCCAACCAGACUGUUUUUGUUAAGGUACCAGAGGGGGAGAUUAUCCAUAUAGACGACCUAGCCCUGUACCAACUUCCUGACGACAGGAUAGGCACAGAUAUUGAAAUGCAUAACGCUUCUGCUAAACGUUCCCUUGAGUUACCACAGACCAUUCAAAACCAAAUCCAGUAUGAAAGACCAAUGACUGUUGAUCUUAGCGUACUGAAUGAAGCACUCUUAGUUGACCCGACUGACUACAAGCCAAAAGAUUGGUCUGUCACCCGCUCUUGGACGGUGCCGGACAGUAUUCUGAGUGUUACCAUGAUCCUUGGUCUUAUUGCCCUUGGCGUGUGCACCUACUAUGUACACAGGUGCACACGCCUCAUUAGGCAGACCUAAUGAGGUCUUAUGUCAGGAUCAUCUGUGGGACGGAAGCAAUCCCGAUUUUUAGAAAGUUGGCAAUAGAUCCUAAAACGCCAUCAGAUGGUCCAUCCACAGCAUCCCCAGCCUCUUCUCCAGAGCCCGCUA